CAAGCGAAUGGGCUGGACCCGGCACGCUCGUUCGAGGUUUGCAGACGGACGCCUUCUUGAAGACCAGAUGGCGGACAAGGUGAGCAGAACCGACUCCGGACGAUCGGAGCGCAAGGUGUUGUGGGAUGAGACGGCCAGCAAAGUCCACGAUCUUCAGGACGGCAAGCCCUCCUUCCGCAAGCUGCGCACCGGUGCCACGGAGCUGCCCGAGGAGGACGACCGCUUGCACGACUCCGAUGAGGAGGACGAGGGGUUGCCCUUCUACUUGAGCACGCUGUCUCUGAACUCCAGAAUUUCCGUGGGAUCCAGGGAUGACGAGCCCGAGAUGGCUCCUGAGAGGUCAGAUCGAUUUGAGUCGAUGGAGCCACAGAAAGUAGUGCCCACGCCCGGGUCCGAGCAACACGGCACCGGGUGCAAGCCCUGCCUUUGGUUCUGGAAGCCACAAGGCUGCCAGAAGGGCUCCAGCUGCAGCUACUGUCACCUUUGUCCACAGAACGAGUUCACGGCGCGUAAGAAGCUGGCGGCACGUUUGCGAAAGGACCAGGAGGUGCCCGAGGAUCUGCCCUUCACAAGGCCGCCGCCCGGUUUGGCAGAGCCAUGUGAGCCGAGCGAGGUGCCGGAGGAACAGCUCUCCAUCGGCCAGGUGUUGCACCGCGCAGGCAUGUGCCGGCCCUGCUCGAGCUUCUUCGCGACCAAGGGCUGCCCCCGUGGCCAGGACUGCUUCCACUGCCACGUGUGCCCUUCGGAUGAAGCGAAAAGGCGGCGGCCGCGCACCAGCGUUGGGGCUUCCAACGGCAGCCUAGACCGAUUGCAUGCUCCUGGCCUUGUGCCAAGUCAGUAACAGGUACGCGCCACGGAGUUGUCUUGAGCGAAGGCCAAGCUGUCCCCGCUCAGCUGGGUAGCCGAGAGGCUCCAGAUGGAAUUGCCACGGAAGGUAUGGUCAAACCUUACCAAGCAACUGCUUCGCCCGGAUUUUGCG